AAAAAGAAAAUAAUGUCAUGGACUCCUGUCCCAGCCACCGUCAGCCACAGUCGCAGCUGGACCUCGCUCCUCAACUUGAAGCAAAAAUGCCUACAGAGACUGAGAGAUGCAUUGAGUCCCUGAUUGCUGUUUUCCAAAAGUACAGCGGGAAGGAUGGAAACAACACUCAACUCUCCAAAACUGAAUUCCUUUCCUUCAUGAACACAGAGCUGGCUGCCUUCACAAAGAACCAGAAGGAUCCUGGUGUCCUUGACCGCAUGAUGAAGAAGCUGGACCUCAACUGUGACGGGCAGCUAGAUUUCCAAGAGUUUCUCAACCUCAUUGGCAGCUUAGCUAUAGCGUGCCAUGAUUCUUUCAUCCAAACUUCCCAGAAGUGAAUCUAAUCCUCUCAGUUCCCAUCCAACCACCAAGUCAUCACCUCCCCCGACCCCAUCCACACCUGCACUGAGCCCAGCACACCUACCACAACAUGUAUCCCACGCCUGCUGGCGAAAAUAAAACAAUGCCAUUUAUUUAAAUGUAAAAAAAAAGAGAGAGAAAAUAAUGUCAUCACUUAGCUUUAAUGUCACAGGGCACAGGUCCUUCCUGGCCUGAACAGUAGAGCUCCUGUCUUGACCCUCAUUCUUCAGCAUGUUAUCCAUACGCAGGCCCUAGGAACUCCCAUGGGGUACCUGACUGUCCUGUCUGCAACUCUGAAGUUUUUUUUUAUCGUUUACUUCUUUUAGAAGUUGCAUGUUGGGGCUAGAGAGAUGGCUCAGAGGUUAAGAGUACCAACUGCUCUUUCAGAGGUCCUGAGUUCAAUUCCCAGCAACCACAUAGUGGCUCACAACCAUCUAUAAUGAGAUCUGGUGCCCUCUUCUGGCCCACAGGCAUAUAUGCAGGCAGACCACUGUAUACUUAAUAAAUAAAUUAAAACAAAAAAAAGAAGAAAGUUGCAUGUACUCUCCUGCAAGCUUCCACUACAUCACCACACAAAUCUGUUUUUACAAUUACCUUGGCAGGAAUGUGCCACCACCCUACUAGAAAUCUAAACCUUUUUGUAUUUCUCUUGAUAUGUAUGUGGGAAUGGAACUGCUGCUCAGUGUUAACUGUGGCCAUAUGCUAGAUCCCUGCUUAACUCUUUUUUUUUUUAAACAUUUAUUUAUUGUUAUAUGUAAGUACACUGUAGCUGUCUUCAGAUGCACCAGAAGAGGGCAUCAGAUCUUAUUACGGAUGAUUGUGAGCCACCAUGUGGUUGCUGGGAUUUGAACUCAGGACCUUCACAAGAGCAGUCAGUGCUCUUAACCACUGAGCCAUCUCUCCAGCCCCCCUGCUUAACUCUUUACCCUAAAGAAAAAGAUCUCCCUGCUUAAACCAGGCUUGGCUUCAAAUAGCUGGCCUCCAGUGACACUCCUGCCACAGACUCAUAAGUGGUUAGGACUACCAAUGUGUACUACCACCGUAGGCCUCUCUAAGGAACUGCUAAGCUAUUUAACACAUCGGCUGUGCUACUUUUUAUUUUUUCAGCAAAGUGUGAAAUUUCCACUUUUCCUGAAUUUCUAACAUGUAAUACUACCCUUUAGACACUCUACGCCCUACAGGUGACCAAACCCAGACCUCACUAGGCAAGUGCCCUACUAUCUACAUAUAGAAUAUAUUCUCAGGAAGUUGGCUACCCAAUCAAUUGUCCUUGGCUUUUGAGGCAAGAUCUCAUUCUAUAACCUAGAUUGGACUAAAAUUAU